AUGGCGACGUUCACGCGCCGGAGGCACGGGGCGGCGGCGCCGGGGGUGGAGUGGGCGGCGGUGUCCGGCGCGGGCGCGUGGAGCGUGGAGGAGGUCGGCAAGCACCAGCUGAUGCGGCGGACGGGGCUCCCCGCGCGCGACCUCCGCGCGCUCGACCCGGCGCUGUCGUACCCGUGCAGCAUCAUGGGCCGGGACCGCGCCGUCGUCGUCAACCUGGAGUGCGCCCGCGCCGUCAUCACGGCCACCGAGGUGCUCGUCCCGGGGCCACGGGACCCCGCCGUCGCGCCGCUCGUCCGCAACCUCCUCGCUCGCCUGGCCGCCACGCCCACGCCGCCGCAGGCCUCUGAGGAGAACGAGGCCGCGGAGGACGGAGGUGCGUUGCCGCCGAGCCCUGGUGGAGUAGGAGGAGGCGGCGGCGGCAGGGACGAUGGGCAAGCGUCUGCACGACGGGACAAGGUCCUGCCGUUCGAGUUUAGGGCGCUGGAGGUGUGCCUCGAGUUCUCAUGCAAGUCACUUGAACAAGAGACUUGCACAUUGGAGAAGGAGGCGUACCCAGCUUUGGAUGAGCUCAGCUCCAAUGUCAGCACUCUCAAUCUUGAGCGUGUGAGACAAAUCAAGAGCCGUUUGCUUGCCAUCUCCGGGAGAGUUCAGAAGGUCAGGGACGAACUGGAACACUUGCUAGACGAUGACGUGGACAUGGCCGCCAUGCACCUAUCCGACAAGGUCGCCUACCAAGCCGCCGCUGAUGGCCGCUCAUCGAGAUUCGGCACCAACAACGAACCGAGCGAAUUCGACGAAGAGAGGGACCGAGAAGAAGACGAAGAAGGCGAGGAGGGGUCAUCCGAGGGCGGCAACGGCAAUGGGACCUCCGUCGUCGGCUUCACGCCCAAAAUCGACGAGCUGGAGAACCUUCUGGAGGCCUACUUCGUGCAGGUCGACGGCACCCUCAACAAGCUCUCCACUGUACGUAUCCUCACGCUAGCUGUGAGGCUGGUCGAUCCCAUCGUCCAUUUAUUGGCUUCUUGCCAUCCUGAACUCACCAUUGCUGGAUCGCGCGCCUUCCGGCGGCUGAUUGUUGUUUCGAAGCUGCGCGAGUACGUGGACGACACGGAGGACUACAUCAACAUCAUGCUGGACGACAAGCAGAACCAGCUGCUGCAGAUGGGGAUCUUGCUGUCCACGGCCACCCUGGUGAUGAGCUGCGCCAUCGCGAUCACGGGCGUCUUUGGCAUGAACAUCACGAUCCCGCUCUACACUGCAUCUACCGAAGGAGUCUUCUGGGAGGUCACCGGCGGCAUCGUCGGCGUUACCGCCGCCAUCUACCUCGUCGCCCUGAUCUUUUACAAGAGGAGCGGCAUACUGCAGUGA